CGAGUUGAACGACCUACGCUCCUGUGUGACAACUGCUUUUGAUAAGCUUAGCUGUGUUAACAAAUCAUCAAAAGGUGUUGGUGAAACUGACAUCGCUGCUGCUGGCCGCACUUGCGCUGCUGAACAAAAUUUUUCGUCGUCUGCUGCCUCUCCAUUCGUUCCUGUCUGCGACGCUUCGCAAUCAACUGUCACCAGCAGUGCGGCUCUCACUAAUACAUCCAUGGUUCAGCUGUCGGCUGCUGCUUCUUCUCACGAUGUUAUGCGAUCAGCACCUACAUAUAGCGCUGCUCUCAUUAAUUCAACUAUUGUUUUGUCAUCUGCUUCUGUGUCAACGCGUGCGCCAUCAUCGUCUCUUUUGUCAUGUACCCAGCAAGCUGCUUCUCCUAAUUUAUGUAAUGGCUCUACUGCGACAACGCCUUCACUUGGUACUAGUACUACUCCCACACAGUCUGUUCCGACGGAUACGAACACUGUUAAUCCAGCACCUGUUUCUACGCAGCAACCUAAUGAAUGGAAAA